CGGCAAGCGGCCUCGUCGUAUGUGGGACGAUACGUGAUUUGGGAGCUGGUGUGUGGGCCACGUCACAGCGAUGGCCCCAGUCUCGGGCGAGCACACUCUCACGGGCCAUUGCGGCAAAGUUAUGGCGGCGAAGUUUCUUGGCGAGCCGUCAAAGGUAGUCACUGGCAGCCACGAUCGUACACUCAAGAUCUGGGACCUCCGCAGCAGGGCGUGUAUAGAAACGAAAUUUGCAGGAUCUAGCUGCAAUGAUCUGGUCACCUCUGAUGGAGCUGGCUCCACGAUAAUCAGUGGUCACUUUGACAAGAGGAUCAGAUUUUGGGACACCAGGGCAGAAUCGAGUUCAAACGAUAUCCUUCUGCAAGGAAAAGUCACAUCUCUUGAUCUUUCUCGUGAUGCGAAUUACCUUCUGAGCUGCGUCCGGGAUGACACCGUCAAGCUCCUCGACCUGAGGAUGAAGCAGAUCGUUGGCUCGUUCAGUGCCGAUGGCUUUAAGGUGGGCUGCGACUGGGCGCGUGCCACGUUUAGUCCCGAUGGGCAGUACAUCGCGGUCGGCUCCUCGGAUGGCUGCGUUUUCAUCUGGUCGAUCGCGACCAACAAGGUGGAAUCGGUCCUGAAAGACCACUCAUCCCCCGUGUCGGCGGUGUCCUGGCAUCCCCAUGGCGCCCUCCUUGCGUCCGUGGACCGAGCCAAGAAGGCCGUCAUCUGGGGCGAUCACGUCUGAUGGGACGAGCGAUCCUGCCCAUCCAAGGAUCGCGAGCUCCGGAGUGUCGGAAGCUGCGAUUUCAGAAGUGGGUCCUUCAGGGGUUGCCUGCGGUGUUAGGUCGUCGAGAAGAUUUCCCUCCGAUGCUCCAGAUGCCCCCGAAGAGGUGGACCGCCGGCUCCAGUCGCUUAGGCGAAUUUCCCAAGGCAGGAUAUAUUUCGGAAAAAUGUAAGGAAGAAUGUAGCACUAAAACUACCGAUGUAUACGUACCUAUUCCUACCGGGACCGGUUAAAUGGCCGGUUUUUAAAUAAAUCUUAUAUUUUCAUCCGAUGAAUGCAAGUAAUGGUGUCAAUUUACUAAGGGCGAUGAUGAAUGAAAUGACUUUGAAAUAAUAAUUCAAUGAAAAUGUGUUAUUUCUUUUUCAUUUUAAUUUCAACAGUUAUGUAUUGUUUCCAAUUGAACUGAUCGCGCUAUCGUAGGCGCGAAGAUCUACACGUAGCUGAGGAAAUAUGUGCACGCGAUGAAUAUCGAUGGUAGGGUGACAAUACUCAACCGACAGAAAUAAAUGAAAGGAGAAUACCCAAAUUUGCCCUGCGGGUGUCGACAUCUAUGUAUGGAAUGAAAUGAUGUCGGGGAGCAUACUCGAAUUUGUUUAGAAUUAAGAUUUUAGAGAUUCGGUCAAAUGACCGGUAACGGUAGAAAUAGGGAUAGGAUGUGUACAUAUGUGCCGAUGAUUGUGAAAGUGGCCAAGGUCACUUUUCUCGUUGCGAAACUAAUUUCACGUUAAUGUAUGUUUAAUGUAUGUAACACGAGAUAUGGAAUAAAUUCAUGUUCCUAUAUUUUUUAUUUAGACCACUUUCAUAAUUACCAGCCGACAUAUCUAGGAACAAAUCGUGCUGUAAAAGAAAUAGGUAAUACAAAAUUGAUUUUAUACAUUUUAUAGGACUGGUAGAGAAAUCAAUUGAGGUAACGCGGUAAAGUUAAAGAAUUAUUUUACGUGGACAUUUUAAAUCAUUUGACCGGAUUGGUAGUUUUAGUGUUAAAUCUGCGUUUCGAAGGGCGGUGAGAAUUGUGACGAUGUACACCGUGUGCACUCGUUGCACAGUGUUCGGCUGCGAUGUAAUAAUUUUGGUGACUGCGAUAGGAGUCGGUGAAAUGUCUGAUAAGUUGAUAAGUGUCUGACAAGUUGUUCAAAACCAUUCGAAGUUCAUUUUGUAGUGUAAUUUGUAUUAGAUUGCAGUUUAUUAAUCAACGCGGUGCUACAAGAAUGCCUGUAAAUAAUCUAGAAAUAGGGAGUGAUUAAUUUGUUACGGUGGAGUGUCACUAACGAAAAAUUUGGGCACGGGGUUUGCAGAACCAUUCAGUGAAACUAAUUAUAUAGAUAUUGCGUGUUUGUAGCAUCUAUCACGGUCGAAUUUUCGACUGUUAUGUACGUAUUUUCUUGUCAUUUAAGAUUUCACCUUGCAACUCGGCACAUUGUUAGGUAUGCACCCUCGUAAACUUUGUCCGGAAUUAUGCAGCAUUGUAUUACGUGCUCGGAAGUUUAAUGCAGAAAUUGUUAUGAUGAAUUUUCGUGUAUGCAAUAUGCCAGCUUAUUCGAAGGACUGCAAUUGAAGAUGUACUGUCUCUUUUUGACUCUUUAAGGGGUUAUGCCACCCUAAGGUAUUAAAAUCAAACCUAUAGUUAAAUAUUUAUUGAGGCUAAAUAAAUUUCUUUACGAAACAUCUGUUUGGAGGACUUUAUUAGAUAUAUAUUGAAGAGUAUAACAAUUUUUUUUUUCUUUUUUUCAUGUACAAAUGGCGACGUCCUAACCCAAUUGCCUAACCAUCUCUUUUUGCGGACGCAAAAUGGUGUACAGCAUUUCUGCCAGGUUUAUUAUGGAGCAAAACCAAAAAAAAUUUCAUUACCUACCCUUGAAAGACUGUUCAACAACGUAGGAUGUUUUUUAAAUAUCGAUUUUCUUGAAAAUGGUGGUGGUGUUUACUGAAUUUAACAUUUUUGCUCUAAAAUGUACAUAUAAGAGUGUUAAUUCCAGAAAGAUUUUUCAAUAUUUUGCAGAAAACCUACACACCUUGCAACAGAAUGUAUUAAAGAGUAUUCUACGAACAUUUAUGGUAAAUUGGAUAAAAACGAUAAGAAUUACACUGUAUACCGAGUGUUGAAAUGCCAUUUUAAAGGAAACGCAUUUAAGGUUCUGAAAAUGAUUUUCUCUGCGUACAAUUAAUAAUUCUUUGUUCUAAAACCAUUUGUAUCAUAUUUAAUUGAUUAAAAAAAUUAAGAAAAAAAAACAAUUGAAGAAAAAAGUAACAGCAAUUUUUUUAUUAAUCUGGGGUGGCCUAUCCUCUUAAAUCACCUCCCAAAUGAUUUCCAAUACAGGACUCUAUUCAAUAAAGUCUGCCGACGACUUCUUUAUCUUGUGCCAAAUUAGUUCAAAAACAUCUGUUGAUGCAGAACCUGCUGCACGGUGUAUGCAUUAAUUAAAUAUCGAGGACUGUUGACAUACAUUAUUCGAAAAAACCGUAUCAAUAGAAAUUCUGAAGCACCAACGUCAGGAUAUCGAGUUUAUACUAAUGAUCUCCGGACCACGUUGCAAUAAACUGAUACAAAUCAUUGCAUGAAACAUAUUCUCGAACUUGCACUGCGGUAUUCGAAAUUGCGACACGAUUGGACGUUUCAACAUCUCAAAAAGGAACUUCAAGUUUGAACUAGUUCUUCGUCAUGAAAGUCAAGGAUGAGAAUGAUAGAAACUACGUUAAAAAUGUAUGUUAUUGGUAUAAACAUAGACUAUUUAUGUAAGUUGGUUAGAACAUUGGGAACGAAGUUAAUCAAUGGUACAAAGUCCUUCUAAGCGAUACAGAUCGACACUUCCGUAAACAUUGUUAAGCAACAAGCUGCAGAUAUUAAAAAUGUGCGUUAUCAACAAAAAGAUUGAUCGUUCACGUAACUUUGAACACUUCUAACAAUAGUGAAUUUUAAAAUAAGGGUCACAUCGGUCAUGAAAGUAACUUCUUCCAUAGACAUUGUACAAGUGUGAAUUAAAAAAUGCAACUUAUAUUUACAAAAGUAUUCUCAGUACAAUGAUUUUAAGGGCCCUGAUUGGUUCAGAAAAUCGUAAAUAUCGAUGUUCUCAUUUUUGUCAUUAAUGGAGAACACUAAGAAGAAGAAGGAUGUUUAUAGGUCCAGGGGUCACCGAUUAAAGGUAGAUGCAGAAUUUCUCUUAUAUUGUACUUAAAAGCUUAUGGGAAGUUUUAUAAACGCGUAUUUCUCAAAAUAACUUUAUUGAAACUGCUAAUGUGUUUAACUCGAACUAUUUAUCCGAUUGACUUUAAAUGUGGGGUACACCUCUCAGUUAAGGUGAUGUGAAACAGGCGUCAAAGAAGUCUCGUAUAUGAAACUUUCCUCCGAACUGAAUA